ACAGAGAACGCCAAGAUCGCAUCCAUCUUCAACUAGAAAUGGUUUACAAACUACAUCUGACCCAGGCAAUCCUCCCCGAUUCCGUGCGUAUCGGUAAGGAGUCAUUCAAAUGCUCCGGUAUGCAUGCAGGCUAAAGCGUAUUCUUGUGAAUUUGGGAAAGGUCAUUUAAAGUGGAAAGUGCGUCUGCGUCGAGUAGGCUAUGAUUUGUGACAAAGGAUAGAUAAAGAAGAGGAAGCUACAACAGUAACUUCAGGUCUCAUUGCGAAAGCGCUUUUAUACAACACCACGGAAUAAUCAUGCCUGUUCGGAGAGGUCACGUUGCGCCACAAAAUACAUUUCUUGGAAUAAUAAUACGGAAAUUCGAAGGACAGAAUAGGAAAUUUGUUAUAGCCAAUGCCCGGGUACAGAACUGUGCGAUCAUCUACUGUAAUGACGGCUUCUGUGAGAUGACCGGCUAUUCCAGACCGGAUGUCAUGCAGAAGCCAUGCACCUGUGACUUCCUCCACGGCGAGCACACUGACACACAUGCCAUCAGCCAGGUGGCCCAGGCUCUGAUGGGCUCAGAGGAGCGCAAGGUGGAAAUCACAUAUCACCGCAAAGAUGGGUCAGACUUCCAGUGCUACACUCACAUAAUCCCGGUGAAGAACGAGGAAGGCGUAGUGAUGCUGUUCAUCCUAAACUUUGAUUACGUCCUUGAGGAAGGAAGCAGCGACUCGACAGAGAAACUGAACCACACAUCCCCGGAAAGAACUGAUUCCGGAAAGGGACGAUUCUUCCGAUUCCGCCAGGCUGCCUUGAGUCUGGUCUCCAACAAACAGUCUCUUCCACAAGAGGACCCAGAUGCCGUUACGGUGGACUCACCCUCCUCCUCGGUGGCUCUGACCAAUUUCCAGUCGCCUCCGACCAAGGAAAACUGCAGCCCCACCAAUGCCAAAGACACACGGGCCCUCAUCAGCUCCAGCCACCACUCCUCCCAGGCCAGUUUGCAUGGACCCGGACCCCUGAGCCACUCCUCUCCCAAGCAGUACACCUGGGAAAGGCUGUACCAGACAGAGGCGCACCAGUCCACCACCUGCCUGGCACACACCAUCUCCAGAGGCAGCAUCAGCGGGAGCAGCAUGAGGCGAGCGUCCUCCGUCCACGACAUAGAAGGCUUCAGCAACUCCAAGAGCAUGUUCAGGGACCGACACGCAAGUGAAGGUCCGUUCAACCAUUUCAAGUCCAGUUUGCUGGGCUCCACCUCGGAGUCCAACAUCAACAAGUACAGCACCAUCAACAAGAUCCCGCUGAUUGCGCUCAACUUCGCAGAGCGGAAUAACGAAAAUAAGGCACAAUCUCCUCCAUCGUCAGAAAACACUAUCGUAGCACCCAAGGUCAAGGACAGAACGCACAACGUCACUGAAAAAGUCACACAGGUACUGUCACUUGGCGCUGAUGUCCUUCCAGAAUACAAGCUCCAGACUCCACGCAUGGACAGAUUCACCAUCCUCCACUACAGUCCCUUCAAAGCUAUGUGGGACUGGCUCAUCCUGCUGCUGGUCAUCUACACAGCCAUUCUUACUCCCUACUCUGCUGCUUUCCUACUCAAUGACCGCGAGGAGCAAAUGAGGCGCGAGUGUGGAUACUCCUGCAAUCCCCUGAACGUGGUGGAUUUCAUGGUGGACAUCAUGUUCAUCGUUGACAUUGUUAUCAACUUCCGAACCACCUAUGUGAAUCUGAACGAGGAAGUGGUCAGCCAGCCAGGGAAGAUUGCCAUUCAAUACUUCAAAGGCUGGUUCCUUAUAGACAUGGUGGCUGCGAUCCCCUUUGACCUGCUUAUCUUCGGUUCAGGAUCAGAUGAAACUACCACUCUGAUUGGCCUGUUAAAGACAGCCCGACUGCUGCGAUUGGUGCGUGUGGCCAGGAAACUGGAUCGUUACUCUGAGUAUGGAGCUGCUGUGCUAAUGCUACUCAUGUGCAUCUUUGCACUUAUUGCUCACUGGCUAGCCUGCAUAUGGUACGCCAUUGGCAAUGUGGAGAAGCCUUACCUGGAGCACAAGAUUGGUUGGCUCGACAAUCUGGGGGUCUCCAUUGGCAAGAGGUAUAACUACAGUGACCCUAGUUCUGGGCCCUCCAUCAAGGACAAAUAUGUCACCGCACUUUACUUCACGUUCAGCAGUCUAACCAGCGUGGGCUUUGGGAAUGUCUCCCCAAAUACCAACUCAGAAAAGAUCUUCUCUAUCUGUGUCAUGCUGAUCGGCUCCCUCAUGUAUGCCAGCAUCUUCGGUAACGUCUCAGCCAUCAUCCAGCGGCUGUACUCUGGCACAGCAAGAUACCACACCCAGAUGCUCCGGGUUCGAGAGUUCAUCCGCUUCCAUCAGAUCCCCAACCCACUAAAGCAGAGACUGGAGGAGUACUUCCAACACUCCUGGACCUACACCAACGGCAUCGACAUGAACACGGUGUUAAAAGGAUUCCCUGAGUGUCUUCAGGCAGAUAUCUGCCUCCACCUCAACCAGGAUCUGUUGGAGAGCUGCAAGGCCUUCCAUGGAGCUACCAAGGGCUGCCUGAGAGCCCUGGCCAUGCGCUUCCAGACCACCCACGCCCCCCCAGGGGACACCCUGGUCCACUAUGGAGACGUCCUCACCGCACUUUACUUCCUGUCUCGGGGCUCCAUAGAGAUCUUGAAGGAUGACAUUGUGGUGGCCAUUCUGGGGAAGAAUGACAUCUUUGGGGAAAUUAUCCAUCUGUACUCCAAGCCUGGGAAGUCCAAUGCGGACGUCAGAGCCCUGAGUUAUUGUGACCUGCACACGAUCCAGAGGGAAGAUCUCCUGGAGGUGCUUGACAUGUACCCUGAGUUCGCUGAUUUUUUCCGGAAAAAUCUGGAGCUGACAUUCGACCUCAGAGACGAGAAUGGCAAGGCUGCGUAUUCUCACGCUAGUGAUUCCGAUCCAGAAGAUGUUAAGAGCACAAAGAGCGCAAGAAGAAUCUCCUUCACACCACAUCCAACUAAAGGAGGAAGCAACAAGGAAACGGAAAACAACUCGGAGAGGGAGUCCUACUCAGGACUAAAGAGAGCUUCAGUUGACCUGAAACACUCAGGGAAGGAGGAGCAGAGGUCCCUGGGGCCAGCCAUCCAGGGGUGUCCUUCGGUGGAAGACCCUGCACUGGGGCUCGACUCCAGGAACACCAGAGACAUCCAGGCACGAGACAGCAUGGAGAGAACUCCCUCUUGUGACAAUAACAUUGAUGCGUGCAAUGACAAAUGGGACUGCGAGAAGCCCCAAGACUACCUGCAUGAGUCAGCACAAUUACAGGACCUGAGGGGCGAGGAUGACGACACCAGUGAAAUCACAUACGGAGAGGUGGAGCAACGCUUAGAUCAGCUCCAAGAGCACUUAAACAGGUUGGAGUCCCAGAUGACAUCAGAUAUUCAGACCAUCCUUCAGCUCCUGCAGAGGCAGUCUACCCUGGGACCUCCUGCCUAUAGCACUGUGACUGCCAGUCCAGACUAUCAUAGGCCUGCAGUUAGGGGUCAGCCAAUCGCUGCUUUGACCAGCAGCCAUUGCUUCAGCCAUUCAUCACCACAAGUACGUACUGAACUGUUGAUUCCCACAGAACAAACAGACAAUGGCAAUCAAGGACCAAGACUUUUUAAAAAUGGGAUUGAUAUCAUAUUUGAAAAGUGA